AUGAACAAAACUAUUGAUUGUUUUGGGUAGAAUAUAUUUUUCGAUAAGUAGAGCAGACAAUCUAAUAUUUAAUGAAAGACCACUUACAAUAAGUUAAAUUAAAUAAAAUAGUCCCUAAAAACUUUGCAAUCUCUCAUUAUUACUUGCAUCUCAAAAAGCAAAAAGUAGCCAAAAUAAAUCCAGAAGAUCCUUAUAUCAAGUCACCUUAAAAGAUUAAUACUAUUAAACUAAUGUUCCUACUAGAUCUCCACCUAGUUAAUAAAUAUAAUUAUAAAAUUACUAAUACACAUCAAAAUCAAGGAAAUAGACAAAAAAUUAAUCCAGUAAAUAAUAGGGAACUAAAUUUAAGACACUUCCUCUAAAUGAAUGCAACUAUAGUGAUAUUUUAAAAAGAAUAGAGCUAAAGAAAUUAAUGCUUGAAAAGAUGUAUCCCAUCAAAGAGAAGUGUAAAACACAAACUUGUAGAACAGAGAAAACAGAAGAAAAUUGUUAAACUUAGAAAUUGCAAACUGAAUUUAAUGUUUAAUCAAACAAUAAAACUAAAAAAAACAAAGGAAUUUAGACUUAUAGACCACGAAUUGGAUCGUCAUAUAAAAAUAAUAGAAUAAUAAAUACUUGUUAAGCCAUGCCUCUGUCUUUAGGAUUGAACAUUGAAAAAUGUAGAAUUGUUUAGAGAUUGAAUCAAUCACAAUUCUCUGUUAGACCAAUUUAAAAGAAAAGUUUAUCAAAUUGGAGUGCAGGAUAUAAAGAUUAAUAGUCAUUGAUAUAAAAACCAAUUGUUUAAUAAUUUUCUUUUAAGAAAUAAUCAUCUAUACCAAUUGCAAAAUGGGAUCAUUCUGAUUUGGAGUAUGAUUGA